AUGAUGUGUUUUAAUCCUUUUUUAACCUUUCCCGAUUUUAAUUUCAUCCAAUGGUUUAAAAAUUGGCGAAUGUAAAAGGCAGAACAAUAUACGGAUAUAUGGUAUUGCUAAAUUGGAUUGUUAAUUUGUAAUAAUGCAAUUUACAAAACCGAUAUGAACUAUGAUAUAUUGUUGUUCAAUUCUGUUGCAACAAAAACAACCACAUACCGAUUAUGAGUAUUGGCAGUUGAUAAUAAUUCGUCUAUAAUUGUGGUGAGAUACUUCGAUACAUUAUUUUGAAUAAAACGUGGCUUAUUGGUCAUCUAAAAAUCUGGACGGUUCCUAACUGAUGGCGGAUGGAUUCGAUGGAAGCAGCACAUGGAAACUCGAACACGGACAAGUUCGUCUUAUCAACAUUGAUCGUAUGCCAAUCCAUCAUAAAGCGUUAGACAAACGCAGAGUUAAUCGCAGAAACAAGUCACCCACCGAAGAAACGCGAAAGCGAAGUAAGAUGUUGACCAAGUUAACGCGUGGAGCGUCUAAAGCCGACCUGAAAUCAGAGCCGCCGGCAAGGCCGACAACGCCGAAAUAUCUGAAGGACUACUUUGAUUAUGACAAGAACAGCAGUAGCGAGGAAAGCGCCAGUGACGAAGAUAAGACAAAAGGGCCAGCUAAAACCCUGGACAUGAGUCAGAAGAUCUACCUGACUGCCUGCAUCAAAGAGGGCGUGGCACCUAGACGGCGUCUUCUAAAGGGACUUACGCAGGACGGUCUGAACGUGAACAAUUGUACCCUUGCACCGAGCGACAUUAAGGCGCUGGCGUAUGCUCUAACGACAAACAUGUGCGUGACGUCAUUAGAUCUGAGCGGCAACGAGAUUGGUCGGGAAGGCAUGGAAUAUCUGGUGGAAAUUUUGGAAGAGAAUAUGACCGUCACCGAGCUACGUUUGUCUAACGCGAGGCUGGGUCUAUAUGAGGUGCUCCUUCUCACAGAAAUGUUGUCAGAGAAUAUGCGCAUCACCACUCUGGAGGUCGCAGGCAACGAUCUAGAUGACGAGUGCGCCAAGUGUUUUGCAGAGGCGUUAAAGUAUAACAGAAAGAUCAAGAAGCUGAAUCUCAGCCAUAACAAGUUCAACGAGACCGGAGGAAAGAUUCUUGCAAAAUCUAUAGAGACGAAUGAUUGCAUCGAGGAUCUCGACAUGAGCUGGAACUCCAUACGGAUGCUGGGUGCAAUAGCAUGGGGAGACACGCUCUACUAUCAGAGUAUCCCAACGCAAAUUCCCCCAACGUUUGUACAACAGCCUAUUGUUCCACAAACCUUACCAUCUCCUGUUAUGUCGGAACAGAAACCUGUGACGCCCGUUCAGCAAGAAACGAACUUUAUACCAGAAGUGAAACGAAAUGAGGAAAGGUCUGCAGAGACUGCGCUGAUUGAAGCGGGGAUGCAAAUCAACGAAAGUUAA